AUGAGGAUGCUUCAAGUGCUAAAUAGCACUCGUGGGCCGCCUCAUCCGAUCCAUCAUCCUCCGGAAGUGCCCGACCAGGAAGAGCCCGAACAGUCGGAGGAUUUACGCGAGUUCGUGGAGAUCGAGGAUGAUGAUGAUAACUACUACGGCUACCACGAAGGAGGCUGGGUGGAUAGUGAUACUGAGGAGGAGCCCAUGGAGCUGCCUGAGGACCACCCAGACGCUAUAGGUGACAGCAAUGAGGAUGCUGCAGGAGGAGACGGUGCCGAUCCAGGUGCUGUAGAAGGAGACAAGGCUGAAGAUGGUGAUGAUGACCCAGCUGCACCUGAUGGUGGUGACGAGGAUCUAGAUGAUGAUCCAAAGCCAGCCAACACAGUAGACCAACUGCCACCAAUCGCCUAG